CUGGUUGGGUUCCCAUGCUUGUGUGCUUUCCAGGCUCCUGCACGUUUCGCUCUUAGUUCCAGACUGAUCGAUCUCAUGGCCAAGGACAAAUCUAUAAAAUCAGAAUCAAAUGUUCCUAAAAGGAAGAAGUUGGCUUCAAAUGACAGUGAAGUCCCCCCUCAAGAAAUAAUGGAUACUAAAGUAAAAAAGAAGAGGAAAAAGAUGGAAGUAGAGGAGCCUCCAGUACAGAUUCCUCUUGAAACAAUCACAGCGGAUGAUAAAAAACAGAAAAAGGACAAAAAACAGAAAAAGAAACGGAUGACAGAGCAAGAACAGACGAAGCAAACUCAGAUUUCAGAUCCACCCGGUCAGCCUGAGGGGACACGUGAGCUGGAGGGAGAGGAGGACUUGAGCCCAGAGGAGAAACGAGUCCUGGAAAGGAAAAUGAAGAAGAUUCUGAAAAAGGAAGAGAAGAAGAGGCUUAAAGCAGAGGGAAAGACGGAGAGCACUGAAACAUCAGGACCAAGCGCCUCUCAGCAGGCACUGGAUUACCUCACAUGCUGGGCUGAAAACCAUUCAGUGUGGAAGUUCCAGAAGACCAGACAGACGUGGUUGCUGCAGCACAUGUUCGACUCUGAGAAGAUUCCAGAUGAGAAGUUCUCUGUGCUGCUUCAGUACCUGGAGGGGCUUCGUGGAGCUGCGAAGGACACAACAGUGCAGAAGGCCUUGUCCCUGGUGGAGGAGUCAGGACAAGCGCCGGAGGAUGCAGCUGUCCAGCAGAGGGCGCACAGAGCCAGAGAAGUCAUCCAGCUGUUUUCUUGACCUCCAACUGCUACAGAAGGACAUAAAAUCGAUCAGAAAAAGACUGUUUGUUGGUCAGAGGACUGAAUUAUAGCUCCGAUCUCAGGCUUGUACUAAAUAGUUGUUUUAUAUGUACUAUUUUGGAAUGGUCCUUUUUUUGUUUAAGUCACCAGUCACAUGUUUUAAUUAAACUCUGUUAUUGCA